GCUUUUCAUUUAUUGUCCGGGAUGAUGGACGCUAUCGCUUCAGCCGUUGUGCUUCCUAACCCUGGGCAGUCAUCCCCUCCUACUGCCUCUUCUCCAAAUGGCGCCAAAAGACGACAAUCGUCUGUGUCUGAACAGGCAGCAAAACGUGCCCGUCUGAACGAUGACAAUAGUGCCGCGAAACGUCGGGAUUCUGCCUCAAACACGUCUGCUACUACAUCCACGCCAACCACCACUGGUCGAGAGCGGGGAAGAGAGAGAAGACUGUUUGGUGCUGCUCUGGGCGUCCUUUCGCAAAACAACUCUACUACUGCCGGACAAAAGCGACGUUCCGAGAUCGAGAGAAGACAACACGCGCAGCGAAAAUCUGAAGACGAGGAAAGUGAACAGAAGAGGGCUGAACGUUUAGCUGAACGCAGAGCCCAACGCUGGAAGGAGCAGCGAUAUUUCGACCAAGCUUCUAUGCAAUUGAGACACGACAACCUUCUUGCUAUGGCACACUUUCUCAAGACCAGGUCUGAACCGCAGCUGCACUACAAACCGCGGGAACCGACCAUCCAAGAAAAUAACCGUAUCAAGGGCCAGAUCGCGCGAGCCCGAGACAUAAUCCGAGAGGAGCUUGAGCAACGUGGACGUGAUCAGAACGCCGAGCGAUCCAGGACACUCGUUCAUGCAGAAGGUACUGCUGAAGCUGAUCGCACUAACCGAAACAUGCAUUCUGCUCCCUUCCCCACCCACUCAGAACAUCACAACAAUAUCUUAAGUGGUCCCCCGGGUAAAAUGUCGAUCGAGAAGGCGGCGGAUGUACGGUAUGAAAAGCGUGAAGCCAUCGUCGAUCCUUCACGAGUGGAAGCCAACAACAGAGAAACAGUAGAUGAGACUGGCGAGGAAGUCGUCGAAGCCGCGGAGGACACCGUUAUUUACUAAGUGGCGUUGAUAUGACGUACGCCUUUUGUUCACUUUCACGACUUUGCAUGAUCAGUCACCGAUGAUUGAUCAUCGUACGAACCUUGCGAUCGUUUGACUAGCUGCCGACCGGUAUACUCGAUGGCUAUGUGGCUAUUGAUUUCGAUGAUAGAUGAUACCCACAGCUCUUUGUUCCUCACUCUUGACCUUACAUUCGGCAAUAGGCCGUUUUAAUUUGCGAAAAUGAAACAACGUUGACUGUUGAUCUUUCAAUGAUCAGUUCCCCAGCGCUAUCCUGUUUCAACAUGGACAUAAUUAGCAUCCAAUUCAUGGUACUCGCCUUUGUGUUUCCCAUAUGAAAACUUCGACCGUUCGAGACAACGCUGCCUAGGUAGGCUACAGUAUGUAGUAUCGCCCGCGGCGACCACUGGGUCAUGUUUGCAUGUUUGCAUGUUUGCAUGAAUACCUGCCAUUAGCAUAAUCGUGGCUAUUAAUGACUAGAUAAUAUAACUGUACUAAGGCAGGCCCCCGAUGUUCAGCCCAAUUUACAAAUUCUACCGGCGCGACGGGUGGCACAGCAGAACCCCCCACGCCUCGCGGGAUGCUGUGGUCUGUCGAUAUGGAAAAUUAUUACUGUAUGCCUCUGGGAUUUCAGUACAUUCCUACAUUCAGAAGACUCCAGGAAUCAACAUUGAGCCGAGCAUCGCCUGUAUUUUUCCUUCAUGAAAGGACUUCG